CAAAACUUACGUACGGUUAUAAACAUUGAAGUUUAUUUCAAACAAGAUUAAACAUAAAACUUGUUUUAACUGAAGUGCACUGAACAUUAAGCUUUAAUUUUCUUAUUAUUAGUUUAAAUGAAUAAGGAAGUUAGGCGAGAAACUUUACACUGUUUAUUUACCCAGUUCAUGCCGCAUUAUGUCUUCUCCAAUCUAUAUUUCUGAUGAUGACAGUUUUGAACAAGAGGCUCCCCGAGAGAAGCCUAAACGCUACGGCCAAAUAUAUAUCACCGACGACGAAGAAGAAGAAGAACCUCCACCGUCUAUAAAUCUGAAUGAAAAGAGGCAGGGAUUGAUUACAAACUUGUUUCCUUCUAUCAAAACAAAACAUAGUGAAAUGGUGAAUCUUGUAUCACCAGUGGAGAGACAGCCUGAUCAUGCCAUGAUGAUUGGUGGGGUCAGUAUAAUACUGCCAGUAAAACCUUAUCCAUGUCAGGUGGCUGUGAUGUCUAAAGUUAUAACAGCAAUAAAGGCAAAGAAGCACUGUCUACUUGAGAGUCCAACUGGCACAGGGAAAACACUUGCUCUACUAUGUUCUGCACUCGCCUGGCAAAAGAAAGAACAGGAUCUCAUCAGUCAAGACCAGGCACAGAAAUCCAUCGCCCAGUUCCCCGAGCUGCAUACACUGGACGGUGCUGCCGAAUACAUAGCAACUCCAGAUAAGAGCAAAGUUGAAUCACCAGAGGCAUUCUUCUCAAAGAAAAUCCAUGGAGAGAGGAGCAUUUAUGAUUCGCCACAAAAACAGAGUACGAGUACCAACAACGUCGUUAACAAACGGCAAGAACCUCAUCAUGAUCCCAAUGACGCGUCACCAAACGAUGGUUUGGUAAAGCUGCAAAAGAAAAUGCGAUACAAUUCAGAAUCGCCUGUACUGCCGUCUACGCCUGAAAAAAUUGCACCUGUACCAGAAGUAGAAACUCCACAAAAAGUGAGCCUGCCCACCAUAUAUUACGGGGCGCGCACGCAUAAACAGAUCCAGCAAGUGGUGAAGGAGUUCGCCAGGACGACGUACUGCAGUGACGCACUCAUGUCAAUACUGUCUGCUAGGGAUCACAGUUGUAUACGCGAGUACGACAGGAGCCAGUGGCCUACGAAGAAUGAUAUGUGCUCCUCUUGCAUCAAGCCAAUGUCAUCAUUAGAUAAACUCAAGAUCAAACAGGAGACCAAUUGCAAGUACUACGACAACCGCAAAGCUAUAAACCGAAAGAUCCUACCGCGGGCCUACGAUCUAACCGAACUAGUGGAAAUCGGCAAGAACUUAACAGCGUGUCCGUACUACGGCGCCAGGGAAAUUGCCAAAAUGGCCAACAUUGUGUUCUGCCCUUAUAAUUACUUGAUUGAGCCUAGUAUAAGGAAAAGUAUGCAAAUCGAUCUGACAGACAACGUCGUGAUAAUUGACGAGGGACAUAACAUCGAAGACAUCUGUCGAGACGCCGCUACCUGUAACUUUACCAGGGAUCAAGUGAAGAGUGCGAUAAAGGAAUUUGAAACGGUAUCUUCGUUCCGAUAUGCCAAUCAACAUAUGACGACGCACAUCGACCACUUACUGGCUGUUCUAAAAACCUGGGAUCAGUGGUUUGAGAACCAAACUCCGUUAAUAAACAAUCAACCCGUAAACGGAACGGAAGCAGCAUACACUUGGCAAGUGGAAAACUUUGUGCAGACUCUAGAUAAUCACAACAUCGGACAAAAGCAAUACGAUGAAUUCCAUCAUAAUGCUGAGAUUUUUUGUCGUAAAUUCCGUGAAGACCAGCGCACUUUAAUAGGAGUUACGCAGUCAACUACCUCACUCUUAGAAUCUCUCGAUACAGUUCUUGGAUUCCUUUUUCGCUGCUCGGGUAUAUACAUCGAUGACUUCAAGCCAGUGCUCGUUCGCAGAAUCCGCGCUGAAGUGACCGGCGCAAAUGCUUGGCGGACUUCGCAAUUUAAUAAGCCUGCUAAGGACGGUCAGCGCAAACCUAAACAAGCAGAAAAUGAGCCGUUGACUCUUCGGCUGAUUUGUAUGAAUCCGGCGGUAGUCUUCAAAGGCCUUCACCCAGCAAGAUGCAUCAUCCUCGCUUCAGGGACCCUGACUCCUCAAACGAGCCUGCAAUCUGAACUUGCCACAGACUUCCCUUUGAAAAUCAGCCCGAGACACAUCAUACCAAGCGAUAGGGUGUGGAUAGGAUCACUGUCAAGUUGUCCGGACGGCUCUCGAUUAGAGUGUACCAGUCAAGGCACGAAACAGACGGCCGUACAAGACGCGCUGGGAGAAGCCGUGUACCAGGUCUGUCGCGUCACACCACACGGCGUGCUCUGCUUUUUCCCCUCAUACCAGCGCAUGAACUCACUAGUUAAGCGAUGGAAACAAAUCGGUUUGUGGGAUAGAUUGGAGCAAACGAAAAAUAUCUUUAUGGAGAGUAACGACACCAAAGACCACGAAACCAUUAUGGAGGACUAUUACGAAUGCGUUGGUACGGACACCGGAGCGUUGCUGUUCGCUGUGUACCGCGGGAAGGUGGCCGAAGGGAUGGACUUUAAGGACCGGCAGGCCAGGGCUGUUAUCACUGUCGGAGUGCCGUACCCCAAUAAGUACGACAUAGCUGUAAGCGAGAAAAUGAAAUACAACGACAAAUACCUGAAGCAGAGAAAACUGCUGUCCGGCACCGAGUGGUACCUGGUGCAGGCAUACAGAGCCCUGAACCAAGCGGUGGGACGCUGCGUACGGCACAGCGGCGACUGGGGCGCCGUGCUGUUGUUAGACGCGCGCUUCCGCGAGCCGCACUACACGCAACACCUGUCCACCUGGGUGAAGGAAUACUUGGGAUGCAAUCACCACACCUUUAAAAGUCUAGUCAACGGCUCAAAUAGCUUGAAAGCCUUCAUGGAAGAAAUGACGAGGCGGGAGAAUGUGUAAUUUCUAGAAUAUAUACUGAGUGAGAGUUUUUAAUUCAACUUUUAGGGGUGUGAAAUAUUAAACACAAGAUUUAUAACAUAGACAUGCGAUCUACACUGACCUCUAUUAUUAUUUUAUUAUUAACACUGGUCUGUAUACAAAUUACAGUUGUAAUCUUCCCCCCAUUUGUGGCGCCAAAGGAGCCUUCGGCAAUGUAGCCUUAAUGUGAAGAUCUGUUUGGUGUGGAGUAUAGGAAUUGAAGAAAUUAUAAAUUACACCAUUCAGAUUCUACUGCUUUUCGCGGAGUUUUAAGCUUAAUUUUCAUAAUUGAUAAUAAAAGCAUCCAUACUAAAUGGCAAUUGAUAAGAAAUCCUACAAUAAAUAAAUAAAUCCUAUAACAUACCUAUCUACAUAUUUAACACUGUUUAGUGACAAAUAUACGCUCUCAAUCUUCUUUACGCAUUACGUUC